AUGGACUCACAUGAAGAGCAAUGCUUACCUAUCCUCGACUUCUCCAGCGAUAAACUAGUGCGAGGCACGAGUCACUGGAUCACGACCAGGGACGAUGUCAGAAGAGCCAUGGAGGGGCAGGGUUGGUUUGUGGCAGAGUUCAGUGGCGUCUCAUCUGACCUCAGGGACAACUUGCUGGCCGGCAUGAAGGAGAUGUAUUAUCUCCCAGACCAAAUCAAAAUCAAGAACGAGAACCACAAGGCGUCCCAUGGCUACAUGUCUAUGGUAGUUGACGAUUACCGGAUCCAUGAGAGCUUGGGGAUCGAUUAUGCAACCGAGCUUCAAGCUUGCAAAGACUUCUCUAAACUACUCUGGCCACAGGGAAACGAUCCCUUCUGUCAAACCACACAUAUGUAUGCAAUGACAAUGGCGGAGCUAGACCAGACGGUGAUGAGGAUGUUGUAUGAAAGCUAUGGAAUGGAUGAGAAGAAGCAUUCUGUGAGUCACUCCGAGUCAACUCGAUACCUGUUGAGGAUGCUGAGUUACAGGAGACAGCAAAACGGUGAAGCAAACACUGGUUUCGUGUCACACACUGAUAAGAGCUUCAUGAGUAUCCUCCACCAGAACCACGUCGGAGGUCUCCAGUUGAAAACCAUGACCGGCCAAUGGGUCGGGUUUAACCCGUCCCCAACAAGAUUCGUCGUUCUCUCCGGCAUGGGUCUCACGGCGUGGAGUAACGAUAGGAUAAAGGCAUGUUACCACAAGGUAGUGAUGAGUGCAGAUGAGAUUCGAUACUCUUUAGGGUUUUUCUCCUUCCACAAAGGAACGAUCCGUACGCCGGAGGAGCUCGUCGAUGACCAACAUCCCCUCCGCUACAAUCCUUUCGAGCACGACGGCCUCUUACGCUUCUACGAGUCGUACAUCAAUUCUCUCAAGAAAUCCAGCGAAGAUCUUCUCCAGAUCUACUGCGGCGUCACACCCUAA